AUGAGUAGCUCAAUCAGCACGCUCCGCCAGACCAUUGACGACCUUACCAUGGAAAUGGUCAGCAUCGAGGCGCCCGACUGGUACAUCAACCCAGACUUCACCGCUGUGCUCCAAAGCGAAGGCCCCUCGAUUUUUGCCGCUACACCGCUGAACUUCAUGCCUGGCCUUCAGGAUGUCCUCGCUGCCGAUGGCCCACCAACGUCUGAGUACUUCAUGUCUGCUCCCACGCCUGCCGGGAAGUACUGGGCUAUUUACGGCGCUCUCUUGACCAAGGAAGGUCAUCCACCAAAGCUCUGCAUCGGCUCCGGCACCAACGCCCAGACUGGCUACCUCACUCGCAUCAAGCACUAUGAAGACAAGACUCACGUACAUCUGCCCCGUUUCGUACGUCUCGCAUACGACAAGGGCUUCGAGCUGGCUCAUAUCGGCGCCAUCUGCUGGGCUCCCAUCCCUUCAGCGGCCAUCCUUCCACGAGCACGCCUUCGCUUUGUCGCUGUCGAAGCGGUCUUCACCAACGUCUUCUACUCGGCCUUCGCCUCUAUGAUGGAUCAUCUCUGGGUGGACCUCGUGCCUUGGACCCGCGACCAAAUCAGUUGGGACCCGGCCAACAGCCAUACUCCGCUCAAUGAAGGCCCUGCUGGAGACCUCAAGCUCACGCCCAAUGAGCUACUCAUUUCGGAGGCUGCCCGAACCGCCAGGAAUCGUAAAUGGCGCAAGGCAUACCGUCUCAAGUACCCAGAGGCAACCAAGGGCUGGCUCAAGGCUCACUACGACCGCGAGCGUGCGAAGGAUGAGGAGGCAUUUCUCGCCAGGUUCCGCGCAAAGACCCAGGCUUGGUCGGACAAGAACCGCGACAAGGUCCGCUCUGGGGUCAUCAAGCGCCGCGCGAAGGCCAAAGCUGCUCGCAGCUUCCACUGUACGAUCUGCAACGAGUCACUCGAUAGUCCGUCGGCUCUCCAAAAGCAUGAGAAGACAGCUGGUCACCUGCACGCCGUCGCAGUCUCCGAGGGUCGGGCCCAGCCCCUGGAGAGGAACGCCCAGGCCCAGCGCAGCGCAGCCUCGGUGGCCAAAGCGAAGGCAGAGAAGCGCAACUUCUGCAGGGCUUGUAACAAGCCAUACGCAUCGCCGGCUGCCCUGGCCACCCACCGGAAGUCGAAGCAAGCCGUGGCCUACCGCCAGAUGUCCCUGCUUCUCCGUCGUCCACCAGGGCGUGAGGCUUACCCCGGCGACGUCUUCUACCUCCACUCUCGUCUCCUCGAGCGUGCCGCCAAGAUGAGCGACAAGUUCGGUGGCGGCUCUCUCACCGCUCUUCCCAUCAUCGAGACCCAGGGUGGUGACGUGUCCGCCUACAUCCCGACCAACGUCAUCUCCAUUACCGACGGCCAGAUCUUCUUGGAAGCCGAACUCUUCUACAAGGGUAUCCGCCCAGCCAUCAACGUCGGUCUGUCUGUGUCCCGUGUCGGUUCCGCCGCCCAGCUCAAGUCCAUGAAGCAAGUCGCCGGUUCUCUCAAGCUCUUCUUGGCCCAAUACCGUGAGGUUGCCGCCUUCGCUCAGUUCGGUUCCGAUCUGGAUGCCGCCACCAAGCAGACUCUCAACCGUGGUGAGCGUCUGACGGAGUUGCUCAAGCAGAAGCAGUACAGCCCCAUGGCCGUCGCCGAGAUGGUGCCACUCAUCUACGCCGGUGUCAACGGCCACCUCGACAGCGUUCCCGUCAACAAGAUCACCACAUGGGAGGCUGACUACCUGUCACACCUCCGCACCAACGAAUCAGGCCUGAUGGAACAGAUCGACAAGGAGGGCUCGCUCAGCAAGGAGCUGGAGAACAAGUUGAAGGAGAGUGUGCAGAGCUUCGUCAAGAGCUUCACGUCAUAA